AGCUAAUCCCACUGUUCUGUAAAGUGAAAACAAAAUAGCGAGCAGUUUUUCCGCUUAAUUCUGGCCGUUGGUUUCCAGAGAGGACCACAGUGCUGCUGCCUUUUGGUGUCCAUGGAGCGGAUAAAAGACCCUACAAAAACCAAGCAGCUGGUAAACCUCUCAAUCCUUUCCUAGCUACCUAAUUAGGUAAGCUUUUAGUGUAUCCUUCAUUGUUUUCUGCCAUUUUCCUCUGAUUUUUGGUUAUUAUACGCUAGUCAGUAGCCACACACUUCAACAAUGUUCUUUGGUUCAUAAUUUUACUUAAUUCGCUUGAUUUAUUUGUUAGUUUGAGAUUUUUUUUAAUUAACACUGUCAUGUUACCCUGUAUAUUUUUGUGUAUAUUUUCUGUUCAUUUUAACAAUACCUGAUUUAUUAGUUAGUGUAUAUUUUUUCCAUUUUUGUUCUAAAUGGAUCCAAGUAUCCAACUAAUCCACACCAUGUCUACUCACAGGCCAUUGAUGUGCUGACUUGCAUAAACAAUAACUAGUCAUGACCCCAGCUGCAGCAGAAACGAUCAAUCCUAGAGAUGUCUGCAUUGUUGGAUUUGCCAGGACACCCAUUGGUGGCUUCCUUGGCUCUCUUUCAUCAUUGCCAGCUACUAAACUUGGAUCCAUAGCUAUCGAAAGUGCUCUGAAGAGAGCAAGUGUUGAUCCAUCUCUCGUUGAAGAAGUUUUCUUUGGAAAUGUUCUGAGUGCAAACAUGGGACAGGCCCCAGCAAGGCAAGCUGCACUGGGUGCAGGAUUACCAAACACAGUGGUCUGCACCACUGUUCACAAAGUUUGUGCUUCUGGGACCAAAGCAACUAUGCUUGCUGCACAGAGUAUCCAGUUAGGAAUCAAUGAUGUGGUUGUGGCUGGUGGCAUGGAAAGUAUGUCAAAUGUCCCUAAAUACUUUGCUCAAGCAAGGAAAGGAUCUCGCUUGGGGAAUGAUUCCCUUGUUGACGGAAUCCUUAAAGACGGGCUGUUGGAUGUUUAUAAUGAUUUUGGGAUGGGAAUAUGUGCUGAAAUUUGUGCUGAAAAUCACAAUAUCUCAAGAGAAGACCAGGACGACUAUGCAAUUAGAAGUUAUGAACGGGGUAUUGCUGCUCAUAAUGCUGGAGCGUUUACAUGGGAGAUUGUUCCGGUUGAGGUGUCGGUGGGAAGGGGAAAGCCAUCCACUGUUGUUGAUAAGGAUGAAAGCCUGGAGAAGUUUGAUGCUUUAAAGCUGAGGAAACUCCAACCAAGUUUCAAGGAAGAUGGAGGCACCGUGACAGCUGGCAACUCUUCCAGCAUGAGUGAUGGUGCUGCUGCUUUGGUCUUAGUAAGCGGUAAGAAAGCCAGUGAUCUGGGUUUAAACGUGAUUGCAAGGAUCAUUGGGUAUGCAGAUGCUGCUCAGGCACCUGAAUUAUUUACAGUUUCUCCUGCUCUUGCAAUUCCAAAAGCUAUAAAGAAUGCUGGUCUAGAAGCUUCCCAAGUCGAUUAUUACGAAAUCAAUGAGCCUUUUGCAGCUGUAGCUCUUGCAAAUAACAAAUUACUUGGACUUAAUGAGGAUAAAGUUAAUGUGCAUGGUGGAGCCGUAGCUUUGGGUCACCCUCUUGGCUCCAGUGGAGCCCGUAUAUUGGCUACCCUUAUUGGGGUGCUGAAGCAGAAGAAAGGGAAAUAUGGGGUGGGGAGCGCAUGCAAUGGGGGAGGAGGUGCAUCUGCCAUUGUUGUACAGCUAGCCGCUCCCAGAAUGUGAGAUUGUGUAUCCUUAAGCAGAAGGCCGUGGAAGUGCUGAGUAUCAAGUGAAUGUCUUCAUAUUUUGUGAUCUCCUUCCCAAUAAAUUGGAGUUCGUUUUGAUCACAUUGAAGUACAGUAAAUAAAUAAAAUUGUACAAGUAAACUCUGUGUGACAACUAUUAUCAUUUAGAUUUGCGUUCGCAUUCUUCGCCAAAAAGUGUGUGUUGACUUUAAACACAUUGUCUCUUUUAUCCUAGAGCGAUUCCUA